AUGACGGAUCCUGCUGUGGAUGCUUACGAGCGUCUCACCAAGAACCUCUCCUUCGACUCGCACGGCGUUACCGAGACCGUCGAUCUUCCGCACGAUGUCUCGUCCUCUAGCUUGAACACCAACAUCGUCGACUCGGCACCCGCGGCCGCUCUCGCUGUUCCCGCUGCCUCAGCCGCUCCCGCUGCUGCCGCCAACGGCUCGGGCCUCAAGCUCGGCAGCUCCAACGCCGUCAAGCCCGCUGCCAACGGCGAUGCCAGCGUCAAGUAUGCCCCUGGAGGCAAGGUCAAGCUGACCAACUAUCCUUCCAUUGCCAAUGCUCCUCUCCCCGCCGAAGGCAACGGAUCGUUCAACAACUUCCACCUCGCCGCGCUCGUCCUCGUCACGCCAGCUAUCGUGCUCCGCCUCAUUCCGUUUGUCAACCCCCAAUGGUUCGGAUGGUUCAGCUACCUCCUCCUCUGCGCCAUCUUUGGCGCUCCCGUCGCCAUCGCUUACUGGACCGUCAUGUCCACCUACGGCCCUCGCAAGAACGAAAAAGUCACCCUUCCCGGAAAGCCGCUCGAAUUCUACAUGGACAUCAAGGACCCCGAGCUUCGCAAAAAGUACCACGGCGACAAGAAGAUCCCUUACCAGACCUUCCACGAUGCCUACUUUGCCGCCAAGAUUGAGCCCAAGAUGCCGCUCAACGAGCUGCUCGAGUACCGAUGGGACUGGGCCUCGAUGGGCUUCACCUGGCCUCUUUUUGAGUACGUUCUCUUCAACUUGAUCCCCGACGUCCUCAUGCACACCGCCAAGCAGGACCAGACUCAAAUCCAGGACAACUACGACCGAGGUGACGACUUUUACGAAUGGUUCCUCGGCCCGCAGAUGAUCUACACCUCCGGCAUCAUCUCGGACCCCCACAAGGCCGAGACGCUCGAGGAACUGCAGGACAACAAGCUCAACCUCGUCUGCUCCAAGCUCGAUCUGCAGAAGGAGGACCGUGUGCUCGAUAUCGGAUGCGGAUGGGGUACGUUUGCCACCUUUGCCGCUGUCAACUACGGCUGCGACGUGACAGGUGUCACGCUCGCAAAGACCCAGACCCGCUUCGGAAACGACCGACUCAAGAAGAACGGCAUCGACGCCAGCCAGGCGCGCAUCUUGAACCUCGACUACCGCGACAUUCCCGUGCAGCCCGGACACUACAACAAGAUCAUCUCGCUCGAGAUGGCCGAGCACGUCGGCAUCCGUCACUACGACAAGUUCCUCUCGGACGUCUACAACCUCUUGGACGACGACGGUGUCUUUGUGUUCCAGGUGGCUGGUCUGCGACCCACGUGGCAGUUCCACGAUCUGCAGUGGGGUCUAUUUAUGAACAAGUACGUUUUCCCCGGUGCCGAUGCAUCUCUGUCGCUCGGAUGGGUUGUGACCCACCUCGAGAAGGCCGGAUUCGAGGUACGCUCGGUCGACGUCGCCGGCGUCCACUACUCGGCCACCAUCCUGCGAUGGGCUCAGAACUGGGAGUCGAACAAGGACAAGGCCAUCGCCAAGUACGGCGACAAGAUGUACAGGAUCUGGUCCUUCUUCCUCUGGUCGAGCGUCAUCAUCGCUCGUGAGGGUGGCAGCUCCGUCUUCCAGUUUACCCUGCACAAGAACUUGAACGCCUACCACCGUAUCAACGGCGUCAAGGCGCACGGCGGUCUGCUCCCUCGUCCUCCGGUCAGCAAGUUCAAGUCGGUGUACAACUAG